CACGCAGUUGCAAUGUGGGCUCUGCUCCGUUCGAGGUCGCAUUCUUCUUGAUCCUUUUCCGUGGCCCCAAUGCGGCGAUUGAAAGGGAGCCGCGAAGCCGUGGGAGCCUCGAUUCGAGUUGGCCUCUUUCCUCGCCGCUGGUCGAACCUUACUGCAUCUGCGAUUUGGAGCUUCGCGAUUUCAGGAUGAACAACGAAAAGAGAAACGCAAGGUAAAUAUUUCUUUCAAAAGCAGAAUCUGUAAUCACUUGGGGUUUUGACUGGGUUCCUCGAAUCUCAUCUGAAUAAUUUCUGGGAGAACCAAUCUCCAAGGAUGGGCAAUCAUGAUCCUGCUUAUGUGGAUGAGCUAUCUGACGCAGGACAAAAGUUCAUUCCACCUCAUGUCUGCCAUCCAAAAACAUCACCUUGGUUUGAUCUGAGGGUAUUUUAUAUUAGAGUGAGCAAUUGCUCAAUUGAGAAAACCCCUCCUGCUUAUCUUACACUUAAUCACAUUCCACUUUCUCCUGAUACCAUCCUCAAAGUGAAUGGUAGGAGAAGCAGCAUAUAUGCUGAUCAAGUUUCAUCAUCACUUCGAAGGGAUAGGAUUGAUAAGUCAUCGGAAGAAGCUACAUUUGUUAGUACGGAGAGUAUUAGCAUGACUGGAAGUGUGAGAUUUGAGGUCUAUGAUAAAGAUCUUCUUUUGCUUACUGGUGUCCUUGAACUUCGUAACUCUAAUGGGUUCGCAUGGGAAACAAAGAAACAUUCAAACAAAUGGAGCAUGAAUUGUCAAACUGCAAAAUCAGCCAAUACAAGUUUCCUGAAGAGUAUGAAUAAUCUUAAAGCAGACUUGAACAUUCCUACAGUUGAAGUAUAUGUUGCUGGCUGGUUCUCUGGUUCUCCCAUUAUUUUGGCAAAGAGUCUUCAGCUUGGUGUUCUCAAGAAGAAUCGUAGAAUGUUUCCAUUAGGCUCCAUUCCGGAGGAUGAGACAACAGAAGUAAAGAAAGAAGAACCACGUGAGGAUGCUUUGCAGACAUCCGAGCAUCCUCCUUUCAAAGAAGAGAGUGACUCCGAAAAUGAAUAUUGUGACAUCUACGCAAGACAUGAAUAUUCAGAAACAGAAGAUGAACUUUCAUGGUUCAAUGCCGGAGUGAGAGUCGGUGUGGGGAUUGGCCUUGGCAUUUGCAUUGGCACUGGAAUAGGUGUAGGUCUGCUGGUCCGCAUGUACCAAGCCACCAACCGGAAUUUCAAGAGGCGAAUCAUCUGAUGCAGAGUGUGUACUCACCCUAUAACUAGGUUUGGCAAGCAUUGAUAAGCAGCCAGCAUCAGCAUGAGGCGCACCCACAGACCCUGGAACUGCAAAAGGACAAGACAACGUAAACUGCACCAGACCAACUGAUGGACUGGUCAAAAGAACGCAUGCUUUUGCCUUUCUAAACCCUCACAAACAAGGGCAAAGAUUCUAGCAGAUCUCAGCUCUAUCUUUGCUCCUGCACAGAAUUGACAUGAUCCACCAUGUGUUGUCCACAAACUAGGCAAAGCAUCAUCGACAACCAUUUCAAUUCUCUGUGGCUCCACUCAUUGAAACGUCAGAUGCCAUAUUAACAACUCGAGGAGGUAAAGAACAUCAUAAUCUCAUCCAUGGAUUCCUUUCCCUCCACAAUCCAUCCAGCAAAAGGCAGAAAGGGCCAUCCUGUUCUCUCCCUUUCUGCAGAAUAGAAACCUCUCCUCCCAAUUAAGCAAUCAUAGCCUCACUGUUACACCUGUUGUCAGCAGUGAAACAGAGACUACCAUGUUCGCAUCCUUCAUCAUCCAAGUUCAGAAAUUUAUGCCCUGUUUACUCUGUAGUGCCAACAAAAGAAUGAAAAUGAAUCAAUGGUGAAAAAUUAUCCUCAGGAGAAGGGGAAGAGAAAGGAAAAAAAAAAAAAAGAAACGACAAAGGAUGAGAGGGAAAGGAAUGCUUAGGCGGCUCAUGAUUUGCUCGAGUUUGCUGUUGUGGUGCUGUGAACUCACAAUGGCUGUGGGAGGGUGAGUCAUUGUGAACUUGCGGUGACAACAAAGAGGCUGCGAGGUCAUGGCAUUACUGUUAACUUGUACAGUCUCAUCCCUCGUCAUGGUUGGAGAUGCAACAAUCGUGGCCUCAUCGCGAGUUCACGGCAAGGCCGUGAUGGUCUUCACAGAUGCGGAGAGGUCAGUCGUGGCCCUCGCCUGUUGUGAUGGCCAUGGAGAGGCCGAUCUUGGCUUCGACUUGUGCGAUAGCUGUGGAGAGGACAAUCAUGGUCUUGUCGUGAGUCCACGUAGAGGAUAGUUGCAAUCUUGUCGUAAGUCUCGUGAUAGUACAAAGCGGUUGAUCGUGUCCUCACCCCUCACGACGACGGCAGAGAGGCGGUCAGGCGGAUCACGGCCUCAUCUCUCAUGAUGGCCACAGCCCUCGAGGCGAACUUGAGCUGUCAUUGAUUUUUGUUUUGAAAAAAUUCUUUGUAAUUGGCAAGGAGGGAUAGAGAGUUUGUUCCGAUCAA